ACAAAACCUUAAAGCCACUUCUCAUCAACAAGAAACACACAGAAAAAACCCUAACCAAACAAAACCACUCUUUCAAACUUAUUUAGUGUCUAAUGGCACUUGUUAAUGACCACCCUAACGAGCCUAACUACAUGGCAAAACAAAACUCUUCCUCGUCCGAAGAUCUCUCCUCGCCGGGAUUGGAUCAGCCAGAGACAGCUUAUGCCGGUGGAGGAGGAGGAGGAGGCUCGGCUUCAAGUAGUAGCACAAUGAAUUCAGAUCAUCAACAACAUCAAGGGUUUGUGUUUUACCAAUCCGGCGAAGAUCAUCAUCACAACUCUUUGAUGGAUUUCAACGGGUCAUCAUUUCUUAACUUCGAUCAUCAUGAGACCUUUCCUCCUCCAGCCAUAAGCUGUGGUGGUAGUAGCGGCGCCAGUGGCUUCUCCUUCUUGGAGGGCAAUAACAUGAGCUAUGGCUUCACAAAUUGGAAUCAACAUCAUAUGGAUAUUAUUAGCCCUAGAUCCACAGAAACUCCUCAAGGCCAAAAAGAUUGGUUAUAUUCUGAUUCAACUGUUGUAACCACUGGCUCUAGACAUGAGUCUAUGUCGCCUAAAUCCGCUGGAAACAAACGUUCUCACACGGGAGAGAGCACACAACCAUCGAAGAAACCUAGUAACGGCGUGAACGGGAAGGCCAAGCCUAAGCCAUCAACUUCACCUAAAGAUCCACAAAGCCUAGCAGCCAAGAAUCGACGAGAAAGGAUUAGUGAACGUCUCAAGAUAUUACAAGAACUUGUACCCAAUGGCACCAAGGUUGAUUUGGUGACGAUGCUAGAGAAAGCUAUUAGCUAUGUCAAGUUCCUUCAAGUACAAGUAAAGGUACUUGCGACCGAUGAGUUUUGGCCAGCACAAGGAGGAAAAGCUCCAGACAUAUCUCAAGUUAAAGACGCCAUUGAUGCUAUCCUCUCGUCAUCACAACGAGACAGGACUAAUUCGAAUCUGAUCACCAAUUAAUGAAGAGUUUUAAUCAUUACUUAAUUAUGUCUCGACAUUAAUUACGUACGUUGUAAUAAUAUCGGGGGAAAACAAUGAUUCUCUCUCGAUUAAAAUCCCACGUAAAUUUUUUUAAUAUCCGAUCCAAAAGACUAUGUAA